CAUCUACCCCGCAAUAUGAUCAGCCUGAAGUAACUGCAACGCAAGAGACCCCAGAGGCACAACCGAAUCAAGAUUACACUGACCCAGAUCAUCCAAUCAUGAGAGAAAGUGGACGAGAGCACAUCCGCCAGAGCUGAUAAUUGGAAGAUGAAUACUAUGAACUGGCCAACAUAGAAGACAUCAUGGAAGACAUGAUCACAUUAUGCCAUGCACAAGCAAUCAAGCUCAUCUCCCAGGUCAAGCCCGGAAGACUACCACGGCCAUAGAAGACUCUGAUGACUACACUAAUUAAGUGUUGCACUGCCAAAAACACUGGCUUCGAUAAGUGCAGCAUCUACAUUUUGACCAUCUUUCACGGCGUGGCAUUCUGCAAGAACUACGACUAUGUCUCGCUGAUUUGGGAUGACAUCACAUAGUUGAUGCCAUAUAUGAGAAGAUUGUCAAUGCUCGUGAGACGUUUCAGCGGAACAACACCAACAAUUCACCGCCAACUAUCCACUGAGAACGUUGCCACCCCAGCCAUCACGUACCUUCAAAGGUCAAGGAUGAUUCCUCACUGGUGUCACUUCCACUACCAGUGUCUCUGCUGCAGCUAGCCGCUCCAAAUGAUCCAUCAGUCAAAUGUUACUGCCAGGAGAACAAUAUUAUACUCCCUAUGGCUCAGAUAACCCCCCCUGAGCCUACCCAAGGGAGUCAGCCGAGAGAUAGUGAGGGUCCUGAGAGUUCAACCCGACCACAGAGACCAGUGGCAAGCCGGCCCCAUGAUGAUCAGACUACGUCUGCUGAGGGCCACCCCCGUGCUGAAGAGUUUACCCAUGAUUCGCCAAGCGUAGCCACAACACAAGACGCUGACGAUGAGGGCUCUGGGAGCAAGGCUAGGAACGACGACGAUGAUGAUGAUGAGGACGACGACAACGCCAAUGCAAAGGGCAAGAAAGUCGAGAAAGCACGCGCUAAGAAAGGACGACUCGUUAUCAGGCUUUCUCGGGCUACAACACAAGAGCAGUCUCACCAAAUCAAGGACACUCAAGGAAAUAUCAUCAGUGAGACUCGCUCCAAGGUGCGCCAUGACCAUGUCUCAUCAUCUACUCCUGUGCAAAGAGUGCAAACCGUGAGCAAUCUGGCAAAAGAAAUAGCCCUGUUUGACGAGUGUACAAACCUAGAUGUAGUAAACCGGACUGACCCCAUAGGAGCAGAAGCUGACUUUCUCAGCUUCCGAGUAGAAGACGCAGCAUCUUGUCCAACUGCGCAUGCACAAGCCACACCUAGCCACUCUGCUGCCUCCCAACAGGUAGUAGUUUCACAAAUAGGGGAUCUUAUACCCACCUCUCUGCCCUCUUACGGAGCAGUUGAGGACAUAUAUAGUGGUCUAUCACCCCGGGCCACUACCCCUUCUUCAAUCACAUUGAGUCUAGGUGUCACACUCCCUACAUUUUCAACUUUUCUAGGACAUACACUCCUCACACAACCACAUCUACAGGUCCACUUUACCUGUCAUCAACGAUCGGAGAUAAGUCGAUGAUGAUCGGAAGUCCUGCUGCUCAACAGAUAACUCAAUCAUUAAUUGCAGGCCACACAUCGGUAAUUUUUACUGAUGUUGUGACAACGGUUACUACCCCUGUAACCGGAAACCCUGACCCUACCGACCUUUUAGUCAUUUUGCAGCGUUUCAUGGAUUCCACCAUUAAGCCAUGGGUGCACGAAGCAAUAACCGCUCGGGCACAGGAAUUCACGAACACCCCGACGCUGUUUAACGACAUCAUCCAACCUCAACCAUCAUCCUCACACUCUAAACAACAACAACUUACCCCUUUCCUUACACGUCAAAAUUCUGAACCCUCCACCACACAACCUACCACUCCUACCACCUCAAGGGGAACCCAGGAUACAAAACUAGUGUCCUCCCCUAUAUCGACCACACCCUACCCUAAUCCAUGCACUAUGGUUUUCGAGGAACUCCAAUCUAUUAUGCUAGCAAGAAACCGACAGCACAUGCAAUGACAGUCUCCGCGGUCACAAACGUUCGCAUGAGGACCCUAAUGAUUUGGAUCCUCAUGAGGGGGAGAACAAGAGACAGCGGACACUUGAGCGUGUUGCGUCAACUAGCCAACAACCACAACCUGAAUCCUCUAACAACCAACAACCCCAAUCAUCUAGCCAACCCAAAAGCCAUACCACUCAGGAGGUUGAGCUGCGUGAAAUACGGAUAAAUGCAAGGUUUCUCUCAAGGAUGCACAUUUUUUUAAGGGGGGUUCUAUUUUCUCCUCCCGGUGACGAACAAUGACAAAGCAUACCGAGUUCUCCAGUUGAGGGGGAGCACAGAGAGAAAAUAAACAAGAUCAAUGAGAGAUAAGUCCCAAUGGCUUAGUAAACCCAACUAAGCCUACCCAAGGGACAAAGCUAAAAGUGAGUGAAUGAGUGAAUAUUAUGAGAGUGAGGAAGCAGAAGGCUCCGAUGAGCAAGAAGACAAUAAUCAAUGAUAAAUCUGCUACCUCAAAUGAGCUAUCAAUCGAGGAAUCAAUCCCAGUCACUCAAAUACUCCGGACAAUUCCCAUAGGUUCAGGACUGAAUUUAUUCAGAUCCCGGGUAGAAGUCGUUGCAUUUUGUCCAAACAGCGCGUGCACAACCCUACCCUAGACCACUCACUUGUCUCCCAACAGACAUGUGUUUAAUCACUGUUCACGGGGAACCUCAUCUCUUAUCACCGUCUCCUUCUGAGGCGACUGAUACUGACUACAGUGGCCCUCAGCCCCAUGCCACUGAACUUUCAUUGAUCACGUUGUGUCUAGUUAUCUCACUCCUAAAUGUUUUGAAUUUUCUAGGACACAGACACAUUUUUAGAGUCAGUUGCAGGUCCAAGUGACCAUGCGAGAACUUCCAUAGGCUCAUCUUCUAUAGAUGCAGACCGAUGAUUGGAUGGAAGUCCUGAUGUUGCAACAUAGAAAUCACCAACAUUUUCAGGCCAUCAUUUAGAGUUCAUCUCUAUAGUGAUGAUAACGGGUGUCUACAUGAUCCCGGGGGGCUACAAUUAUCCAUGCUGAUCCUAGUGAUCAUGCCAUAACGACCAGAGUGACAUCUACUUCAGAUGUUUCACAAUGAUUGGUUGGAAGUCCUGUUAGAGCUACAACGUUUCUAUCAUUAUAUACAGGCCACACAUCAGUGUUUACAUUGAUGUUGUGUUAACGGAACACCACAGUGUCUCCGAUCCUUAUCCUUUCAUUUUUUCAUUUUCCAUUUUUUCCAGAUGAAUAAAAGAAUAAAGGCAUGAUAUCCCGAUUCAUGGAAUCGUCAUGAGGGAGAGAGUGGUCCACAUGUUGUUUACACUCAAAAAUCAUUCCCGGACACUUCUCUCCUCCGCUAAAAAAAAUGACGGCUUUCCACUCUUUCAGAUUCAUCAACUGCCAAGUCGGCUUCAGAUAUGCUCAUAAGUCAACCAUCAUUUUCCGCUGUGCUACCGACAAUUGUUUCUCAAAAGCAUUCACGACUGAAUAGUCAGAAAAGGCUACAUUCUGGAGGAUACAGAGGCCGGAUGAUCAAAUAUUGAAGAUGAAUUCCUUGUGCGCCUAGAUCUCUUUAGAUCAAUCAUUCUAAAGGCGCCAUCGGAUUCAUUCAAGCUGAUCAAGAGAAACUUCUGAAAGGCAAGGAUUAAAAGCAAGAUUUUGAAGAAUCCCUCAACCCCCGGCAUCAAAGAACAAAUUGAAUAAACAACACCAAAGGGAAGAUUGUAAGGAUUUCUUCAUAAAGCCUUUCCAAGAAGAGAAAAGAAGCUGAACUGAAAAAUUUGACCGACUAAAGGCGGUGCUAGAUACAAACACUCUAGCACUGCGAAGCAACUACUACAAGAGGCAGAAGGAUCCACAAGAGCCGAAAAAGAACACCUGAUCACAAAGGGGGAGAUUGUUAGAGAUAUUUUCAUGUAUUGUGAUCAAUGUUUUAUCUAGCCUUUGUAGUAGUAGCUAGAAUAUUUAAUUAGGUCUUAUUUGGUAAAGGCAUGCUUGCCUAAAUAGGAAUGGGCCUCCUAAAAGUUGGAGCCCAAUCAUUUGUUAACCUACCAUUCUCCAAGGCUAUAAAUAUGCCCCUUUGGAGAAUGAGUAGGUUAAGCUUUCCUCACUCAGAAAAAUUCCCUGCGCAUAGAAUAGAGCCUACGGAAGUUUUACGCUACAUGUUCUUCAUCUUUAUGUAAACUUUCUGGCUAUCAAUGGAAAGCUUCUU